AUGACCCGGGUGUCCAUGCGGCCCAUCUUGAGAACCGGGUUAUUUCAACCUCGUUGUCUUGUUAGUACGUUCGCAGCACCCCGGCCAAAUCUGGACAUCAGACAGACCCUGGAUCAUCAGGCACGUAUAUCUUUUGCGCACCGGUGUUUCAGUGUGUCCAGAGUCAAGUUUGAAAAGCCUAUCGUGCCCGAGAAACAGCCAGAGACAAAGAAGCCCAAACACUGGAAAGAACGCUAUUUUGGAGUGGUGGAAGAGGAUCAGAGCGAGGCGGGCUUUUCGGAAGUGCGAAGACUGCUCAAGCUUGCGCGAAAGGAUAUCAAGCUAUUUUCAGUGGCUAUUUUCCUGCUCUUCAUCAGCGCGUUCAUUGUGAUGGCCCUGCCCAAAGUCACCGGCCAGAUUCUUGAUUCGACCCGGCAUUUUUCCAGUUUAGAAGAGGCACGUUACUACGGUUUGACGCUCUACGAACUUUUGGCUGCUGUUGGUGUGCUGUUGGGUGUCUACACAGCAGCUACUUUUGGCAGAAUCAUCAUUCUUCGAGUGCUGGGUGAAAAAUUGGUAGCCAGACUACGUUCCACAAUCAUGAGAAACGUGCUUCGCCAGGAUAUGGAGUUCUUCGACAAAAACAAGGUGGGAGACCUCAUCUCGCGUCUUUCGAGUGAUGCGUACGUUGUCUCGCGCUCUGUCACACAGAACAUGUCUGACGGUAUCAAACAUUCCAUCGUGGGAGGCACGUCUAUUGGAAUGAUGUUCUACAUUUCGCCAACUCUGUCGAUGAUCAUGUUUGCCUUUGGUCCACCUCUACUUCUUGCCUCUUACAUUUACGGAAUGAUGAUCAAGUCGUUGAGUAGACGGUUGCAAAAGGCAACAGGUGGUCUCACGAAGGUGGCUGAGGAACAACUAAACAACAUCAAAACCAUCCAGUCGUUCACAGCAGAGACGAAGGAGCUCCACAGAUACGACCAGCAAAUCAAAGAGGUGUACAAGAUCAGUUAUAAAGACGCCUUGACCAACGCGUCAUUCUUCGUUUCCACUGGUGUUCUGGGUCAUGCCACUUUCCUUCUCACUCUGGGACUAGGUACCAACUUGGUGUUUAGUGGAAGUAUGACUGUUGGAGAUUUGGCAGCAUACAUGAUGUACACCGAUUACUGUGGAAAUGCCACUUUCGGAGUGGCUACUUUCUAUACAGAGCUUUUCAAAGGAGCAGGAGCAGCUUCCAGACUGUUUGAGAUCCAAGAUCAACAGCCUCAUAUCAACCAGAUCCCCGGCCCCAAAAUUUUUAAUUCCAAAGGUCACAUCGAGUUCAAGAAUGUCACCUUUGCCUAUCCUACACGGCCAGACAACAUCGUGUUUGACAACCUGUCUUUCGAGAUCAAAGCGGGCUCUAACGUGUGUAUAGUGGGCCCUUCAGGUAAGGGAAAGUCCACCAUUGCUUCGUUGCUGCUUCGUUUCUACCAGCCGCUUUCGGGCCAGAUUUUGAUUGACGGUGUGGAUAUUACCAAGUACUCUGUGCACUCGCUGCGUCAACUUCUCGGAUACGUGCAGCAGGAACCUGUUCUGAUUCCUGGAACUUUGGCAGAAAACAUCAAAUAUGGCUUACCGCAGAACGUCAAGGUGACGGCAGACAUGAUCGAAUGGGCCGCAGCAAAGGCAAAUUGCGACUUUGUCCAGCAUUUCCCAGACAAGUUUGCCACAGAUAUCGGGCCUAAAGGGUCUCAGCUGUCUGGAGGCCAGAAACAGAAGAUUGCCAUUGCUCGGUCCUUGAUAAAAAAUCCACCGAUUCUGAUUCUGGACGAGGCCACAUCUGCCCUGGAUUCGAAGUCUGAGAACGCUAUCAAUCUGACAAUUUCCAACCUGAUGCGUGACCAGAGCAUCACCACUAUUUCUAUUGCGCACAGACUCUCCACGAUCGAGAAGUGCGACGAGGUGUUAGUUUUGGGCUACGACGGCCGUGUGGCGGAAGAAGGAAAGUUCAAGGAGCUGUAUGCAAACCACGAUAGUAUGCUGUACAAGCUUUUGAACGAGACGCAGAAGCCAAAGAAGCAGGCCUCAGAAGCCCAAGAAGAGCCUGAAGAGGAAGACGGAGCAGCAGAGAAGGAGGAAGUGGAAGCUUCUUCGGAAGACGUUCUGAAAACGGCGUUUAUCAAACGAAACCCUGUUCUGCGUGACGACUUCAAAGAACACAACGAACAGAAGAGCCUCAGCUAG